AUGGCACACCACCCACCCGGCGGCGCUGCUCUUAACUCCCGUCGCAGUCGUAGCCCACUCGGCCUAAUUCCGGCUGUUCCAUCUGUCGCAGUCACCGGAAUUCCUGUUUUGCUCGACGGAGCUUCAGAUUCUCCGAUGCAUACCAUCAACCGUCGUUCUCCAAACUUGUUCAUCCCUGAUAGCCAGAUGAUGUUCAAUAUGCUGAGUGUUUGUGAUCAUAUGAUGACAUCUACUGAAGAAUUCUUAAAUUCUAACCCUGGGUGGAUACCAAUUGUCUCACAGCUCUACGUCUCUGUUUUAUGGGUCGUUCAUAUUCUCAGAGUCUUCGCUAAAUAUGGAUAUGGAGGAGCUAUCAUCCAUAACUCAAUUUGUGAUUACUUUGUCGGAUACGAGGAGUGUAUGAUUCCGGGUCCUCUCGUUCCUUUCUUUCAAUCCAUCGCCGCCGUCAACGGCCCUUUUGACUGGAUCGGCGAUAUGCCAACAUCGCCUUUACGAAUAUCAAUUGGUCCAAAAUUAACAACGACAAUGACAAGUUUAUCGGGAUUGAAGAGAACGCCCUUUACACCGGAGAUUAUUGGAAGAUGCUUCCUCAUCGAUCAACCUGCCCUGUUUCAGCCUUUUCAGUCUCUUCUCUUUAUACUAAUUUCGUUGCUUCCAGAUAUCACGUUAACUAUCUUUAGGUCGUUAGUUUCCAGUCGUUUCGUUUCUUGUACUGAAAUCAACAUUAACAACGAAUAUGAAGCUUUUGUUGAGUUUUAA